UGAAUGUCAAGACGUAAAAUCCUCAGGUUUUUUUUGUUUUUUUUAUUGUCUAGUGAUUACUACUUACUACACAGGCAUGUAUCAUGAUAUCUCGUCGACAGCUUCAUAAGCUAGCACCUACCCCCUUCUACCUAGCCUACCUAAGUAUAUACUUGCAUAUUAAAUAUCUCUACCUACCUACCUUCAAUCCAUUUCCCAAGGUACGCAUAUCAGAUGCCACCCCUUUUACCCAUCUCUCCUCAAAACAAAAACAAAAUGCUUGCUUGCUUGCUUGCUUGCUUACUCUCUUUCCAAUUCUCUUUUCAUUCCCCUCUUCCGCAUUUGCGGUUUCCAUUUCCCACCUUACACAAUCGUAAUAUCCACAAGUUUCGACACAUCAACAUUCGUCGAGUUCGCCAGCCCGAAGAACCGCUUCGUCUGGAAAUCCUCGCCGUUCAUCGCCCCGUGCAGGUACGCCUCGCCGACGUACUCGUACGUGGACUCUUCUUCCAGCGCCGCUGGGUUUCCUUCUCCCUCUCCCUCUGCCUCUGCUCUCGUUUCCGUACGUGGUGGUGGAAGCUUGGCGACGGGCCGCAGAAUAUAAGGAAAGAAACCCCCCACACACGCCA